UUUUAUUCAAACUAUAAAUAUUGUAGUAUUCCACUCCGCUCUUCAGUUUCGCCUUAAUUCCGGAAUAAAGCUCUUCGUUCUGCCUUCAGGUCUCGCUGCUAACAUAUAUCUGGAGAAUAAUGGCUGUUUCUGUUAAAUUGAUGUCUCUUAUUGUUGGAACUUUGGGUGUGAUAUCCUUUAUAUUUGGAAUCGUUGCCGAAAACAAGAAGCCUGCAUCUGGAACUCUCAUCCCAGGCAAAGGCCUUGUUAUCUGUAAAUAUCCUGGCGACCCGACGGUUGCCUUGGGAUUUCUAUCUUUUCUGUUUCUUCUUGCUUCUUCCAUUGCGGGAUACACCUCUCUGUUCUAUCCUUACCAAGGAAAAUCGGUUCCUCGAGGAGCGAUGUUUAAGAACGGUAGUUUCUCUGUGUUCUUCAACGUUGCUCAAUUCACAACUGGAUUAGCUAUUGCUUUGCUGGUAUGGCCCACGGUCACAGAGCAACUUCACUUGAUGCAUAACAUUCAUCACAAUGAUGUGACAAAGUGCCCGACCGCUAAGACCGGUCUUCUAGGUGGCGGUGCAUUUCUAUCCCUGGAUUCAUGCCUCUUCUGGCUGGUUGCUCUGAUGUUGGCUGGAAAUGCACGAGAGGACUACUUUAAUGAAAUAGAAGAAAAAGAAAGCAAUGCUCAAGCUCUCAAGAGCAGUGCAUGAACCUCUUCUCUGUUUGGUGAGAAUAAUAAAUUUUGUCUCUUUACUAUGGGUUUUUAGUUGUUAUUAGGCAGGGAUUUAUCCGUGAGUAUGGUAAUUCUUCUUUGGAAUUUUACUGUUAAGCUGCAGGCUCUUAAUCCAUCCUAGUGGUGCACUUAGGUCAACCUUAGUUACAAUUCUAGUGCUCAACUUUCUCAGCUUAGUUAGGCUUGGUCUCGGCAUUUUUCCGUCUUUUUUCAACCGGAUGAAGCGGAUAUUCGAACAUUCGACUUUUAGAUACAUAUAUAUAGUGUCUUAGGACAUGUUUGAUGGGUAGUUUGAAUUCGAUCUUGUAUUUACAAAUUCACUUAGAUCGGUGAAUAUACUUUGUAGAUGUGUUGUUUUAAAUUAUUUUUCGAAUUUUGUGA